AUCACAGUUUAAAAACCUUUUUUUCCUAAUUUUCAUUAAAAGUUCACAAUGGAGAAGAUUCUUGACGGAAGAACUAAUGGAGCACUCAAGAAGACCAAGAUCGUGUGUACUCUUGGACCAGUGUCCAGGUCCGUUGAGAUGAUCGAGAAGCUUCUCAAAGCCGGUAUGAACGUAGCCCGUUUCAACUUCUCCCAUGGAACUCACGAGUACCACCAAGGAACUCUCGAUAACCUAAGAAUAGCCAUGAAGAGCACUGGUAUUCUAUGUGCCGUCAUGCUAGACACAAAGGGUCCUGAGAUUCGAACCGGAUUUCUAAAAGAAGGCAAACCGGUUCAGCUAGUUCACGGUCAAGAGAUCACAAUCUCAACUGAUUACACCUUGGAAGGAGAUUCAAACACAAUCUCAAUGAGCUACAAGAAACUUGCAGAAGAUCUCAAGUCAGGGGACAGGAUUCUCUGUUCCGACGGGACAAUCUCUAUGACUGUCUUGUCUUGUGACAAGGUUAACGGUCUUGUCCGUUGCAGAUGCGAGAACUCAGCAACCUUAGGAGAGAAAAAGAACGUUAACCUCCCAGGAGUUGUAGUUGAUCUCCCAACACUUACAGAGAAGGAUCAAGAAGAUAUUCUCAAGUGGGGUGUUCCAAACAAGAUCAAUAUCAUCGCUCUCUCCUUUGUUCGUAAAGGAUCUGACCUAGACCUAGUCAGAGAGUUGCUUGGAGACCACGCAAAGAGAAUAAUGCUUAUGUCAAAGGUUGAGAAUCAAGAAGGAGUGAGGAACUUCGACAAGAUUCUCAAGAACUCUGACGCAUUCAUGGUGGCUAGAGGCGAUCUAGGAAUGGAGAUUCCGAUCGAGAGGAUCUUCCAAGCUCAGAAGAUGAUGAUCGAGAGAGCUAACGCUGUUGGAAAACCAGUCGUAACAGCCACACAGAUGCUCGAGUCUAUGACAAAAUCUCCUCUUCCGACAAGAGCCGAGGCCACAGACGUGGCCAACGCUGUUCUCGACGGCACGGACUGCGUCAUGCUCAGCGGAGAAACCGCCGCCGGAGCCCACCCUGAAGCCGCCGUGAAAAUCAUGGCGAGGAUCUGUAAGGUGGCGGAGGAAACCCUUGACUACGAUGCCGUGCAUAAGAAGAUUCAAGAAGCUGUGCCCUUGCCGUUGUCCACAGUGGAGGACCUAGCCGCUUCAGCCGUCUCCAAGGCGAUGAGUCAUGGAGCCAAGGCGAUUGUGGUUCUCACCAAGGGGGGAUACACGGCGGGGCUUGUGGCGAAGCACAGGCCAAGCGUUCCGAUUCUGUCGGUGGCUGUUUCGGAUGAUUUGGAGUCGAGGUGCCCUGUUUCGGUGGCGAAACGUGGUUUGAUUUACCGUGGAAUCGUUCCGGUGGUUGCGAACAGUGGUUCGACGGAGGAGGCGACGAAAUUCGCGGUUGAGUUCGCCAAGGAGAAGGGAAUCUGUAAGGUUGGAGACUCUCUUGUCUUGGUGCAUUACAUCGAUGGUUCCUCUGUUCUAAAGACUCUGCUUGUGGAGUAGACUGGUCUUUUCUUAGGACAUGGGGUCAAUUUUGAAGUUUUGAAUUUUUGUGGGGGUCGAAAUUAGUGUCUGAGAAAUUUAGUUUUUGCCUCUUUUUAUCGCAUUAUUAA